AUGGCGCAACGCACACGCACUUACUCGGUAAGCUUUGCGGAUCUUCGGCCAGCUGACAAGACAGGAAGCCAUCCGGCUGCUCAACACUUGCCAGUCGAAUGCCGCGACGUGAGUCAUCCGCCCCGGUCGCCGUCGAGUGCCGCCGAGUACCGAUACCCGUCUUUGACCUGUCGAGGGUCGGAUAGCACUCCAACAGAUCUCUCAUACAGGCUGUUUCGCUCCUGGGCCUUAGCUGACAGCAGCAUCGAGGCGAUCCGCAAGAGCGGCGGGAGGCUGAAUGAGUGGGGCAUCAAGGAGAUGCUCGACUACCUCCGACGUAUCGGAUACAAGCCGGACGACCUGAACAAGCUGAACGUUGUGCACAUCACGGGAACGAAGGGCAAGGGCUCGACGAGUGCUUUCGCCGAGCGCAUUCUGCGCGAUCAGCUCGGCGGCAAGAUUGGCCUCUACACCUCUCCGCACCUCUGCGCCGUCCGCGAGCGUAUCCGCGUGAACGGCGAGCCGCUCUCCGAGGAGGAGUUCGCCAAGUACUUCUUCGAGGUGUGGGAGCGCCUCGAAGCGGACCCGAAGACGUUGACGGAGCACACUCCCCAGUUCCCGAUCUACUUCCGUCUUCUGACGCUGCUCGCCUUCCACGCCUUCCUCUCUCUCGGCGUCGACGCCACGGUGCUCGAGGUCGGUAUCGGGGGCACGUACGACAGCACGAACAUUGCCCCGAAGCCGAUCGUGACGGGCGUGUCAGCGCUGGGACUGGACCACACGGCGGUGCUGGGCAACGCGAUCGAGGAGAUUGCCCGCAACAAGGGCGGAAUCUACAAGCCCGGCGUGCCUGCGCUCUCGGUGCCGCAGGAGCAGGGCGGCGAGGUCCUCAAGGAGUGUGCCGAGAAGGUUGGCGCGCCGUUCGAGGUCGUCCCCAUCAUCCCGCCUACGCCUCUCGGCCUCCCCGGCGCACACCAGCGGAUCAAUGCCUCCCUCGCCGUCGGGCUCGCCAAGUCCUUCCUCGCGUCGGCGGGCAAGCCCGUCCCGGACGCAGAUGAGCCCCUCCCCGCCUCCUUCGUCAAGCCCCUGGCCGAGACGAAGUGGCCCGGCCGCUGCCAGUCCGUCGGCGACGGGGCGGUCACCUGGCUCCUGGACGGCGCGCACACUGUCGAGUCCCUGACGUCGUGUGGCGAGUGGGCCUGGUCUUCAGCCACGGCCGGGGCCGUGGGCCCCAACGACCCGCGCCCGCCGACGCCCAACGUGCUCGUGUUCAACUGUUCCGGAGGACGCGCGGGGGAGACGCUGUUGGGCGCUCUGCUCGACGCGGGGGCCAAGACGGCAGGCCUCAGUCGCGAGGAACUCGGGGCUACGUUCCAGAAGGUCAUCUUCUGCACCAACGUCACGUACUCGAGCGGCGAGUUUAAGGGCGACCUCACCGCGCACGCGAUUGAUCCCAACGACCUCAGCGCGCUCGCAACGCAGACCCAGCUCGCUGAGGCUUGGCGCAAGGUCAAUCCUGACUAUAAGGGGGAGGUGCACGUCGUGCCGUCUAUUGAGCACGCGGUCAAGAUCGUGAGGGACACGAAGGGCACGCCCGCUGCUCUCGUCGCGGGCAGCCUGCACCUUGUUGGUGGCGUCAUGGAGGUCGCUGGACUGCAGGGCGCCCUCUCCAUGGUGCGAGGGGGGACACACAGGGACUUUGGACGGAAGGACGUGGCGGCGGGCGAGGCAACGACCUUACUCUCAGUCGUCAAACUGCACGUCGAAGCUGCCAUCGGUCGGCGUCUCCUCCGAGGUGGGGCUCGACUCCCAGCGUCCAACGCCGCGAAGACCGGUGAGCUCGCCGCUGUCUGUCAGCUGGGCAUAAGAGCGGCAAACUUACGUCGCAGUAUCGGUCAGGACAAAGACGUUGGUGACCAAGCGGCCGGUCCAGGUGCCCCAGACGGUGAGGGCGACGGUGCCUGUGCGGCCGAGGAUGGAGCCCGUGAAGAGCUGCUGUCCGGCUGGGUGUUAGCUACAGUCCGCGUCGCCCAUCUCGUUGCAGGGCGUCUUCUGGUUCACGUCGGGGUCGUGGUACGUCCUGCUGUCAGCUUCUACGUGGCGUUGCCCAGCUCAACGGCAGGUCACUCACAUGACAUAAGUGCCCACACCGGUUCCCUCCAUGUCGCCGGUCCACUUUGCGUCGUGCUUGGCGACGACUUGGCGCAGGUGCAGUCUGUCCCCCACGCUGGUCAGAGUGUCCUCCUCGGUCCAGUUGGGCGUGUAGAACUGGAACUUGACUGCGCAUUAGCUGGGCAACAAGAGAAGAGCUGA